AUGGAUACCCCUACAUGCCCACCGCCGCGGGACGCCCGCGAAAAGGAGAUUCUCGACAAGCUCGUCUCCAUCCGCGACAGACUCCAGCUCCUCAAGCAGGACCGCACCACAUACAUCCGCAGUCAAGAUGUCAUCCCACUAUACGACGAGACGAUUGAGCAGGUUCGCGAGCUCAACGAUGUCCGGUCGACUGACCAAAGGGAGGAGAACAGAGUGGACAGAGUGUUGGAGAGCUGCUUCCAGCUCCUCUCACUUUUCUUCAUGACGAUCGGCCGAAACAACGAAGCUCCCGCUGCCUACGCCCUGACUUCUACCAUUCGACGACUCCUCGACCAUCUCACCGAAGUCGACCUAUUUUCAGCCAAGGACCUUGAGAGCAUCUCCCACACCGUUGAGAAACUCGCGUACAAUGUCAAGUCCACCGAAAACGAAUACUCGCCCUAUUUGAUCACUCUGCUGUCCAACAGGUUGGAGCGCUGCAAGAAAUCGUUGGCACAUCUCCAGAAGAGAUUGGAUCGUCUUGAGGACCCUCUGCCGAAGACGUACGAGAAGCUGAUUUCAAUCCUGAGGUCAAUGUCCCUGGCAAACACCAGGACAAAGUUCUCUCCAUCGGAAGUACAGAAGCUCCAGGCUCAGCUCCGCGAGCUCGAUGAGAAGAGAAAGGACGGCAAAUUCGUCAGCGAAGAUGGAAAGGUGCCUGCUGGUAGUGAGGAGGUAGCCGAGCUUCUGGAGAAGUGCCUCAAGUGGUCAGAAGUUGUUCUUGAGAGGAAAGGAGUGAUACCCGAGAACUUCAAGCCUACCUACGACAUACUGGUGCGAAUUCGGAAUGACCUCGAAAAGCUUUCAAUCACACAAGCAUGGUCUCUUCGCGAGGCGGAUCUGUUCGACUUCCAAAGGCAAUUGGACAAGAUCGACGAGAGCCGGGUCGACGGCAAUUGGCUUGACGACCAAGGGAAGCCAGCAGAACUCUACGUGCAGCGUACACUGUUGUACCUGAUUCGAAGAAGCUACGCCUAUGUCUACUCGUUGAUGAUUUCUUCCGAGCCCGUUUCCGAGGCAUUGUUGCCGAUCUACAACCAGCUGCAGACGCUGAAGAGAUGCCUGAUUGAGGUCAAGAACAACGGCGGUGUUCAAUCGGCCAGAGACAUGUACCCAUACAGCAUGAAGCUUCACUCUAUCGACAACAUGCGCCAGGACGGAAAAUUCAUGAUCAAUGAUGACAUUCCGGAAGGCCAGGGCAGCGUCAACGAGCUUCUUGCCGAGUGUUUUGAGCUAAACUACGAGCUCCGUGUCGCGGCCGAGGAACAGGCCGAGGCUUAG